AUGUAUCUCACCAAAACAAUCAACAAAGUCGAGAUAUGCUAUGAUGAGUCCGGGUAUGCCGACGGCCCAGCGAUCGUGCUAGUAUCAGGCUGGGCACACGACCUGCGUCUUUACGAUGCCAUGCUUCCCUACCUAGCUGGCAAUCAUCGAGUCAUCCGUAUCAAUUGGCGUGGCCAUGGCCCCAGUCGGGACUAUACAGACGACUUCGGCGUGAACGAGCAAGUCAACGACACCAUCUGCCUUUUGCAGGCACUCGGAGUUGAUCGAUUCUACCUGGUCUCGCACUCGCAUGGCGGAUGGCCAGCACUGGAAAUCGCAGACCAGUUGGGCAAGGACCAAGUCCUUCGACUGUUGAUGAUCGAUCAGAUCAUGAGCCCCCCUCCACAGGAGUUUGCAGCCGGACUAGAGGCCAUGCAGACACCGGAGACCUGGUUAGCAGCACGUAAGAACCUCUUUGAUCACUGGCUGGCGGCAAGCAGCCACACGGGGGUCCAUGACCAUUUGACCUACUGCAUGGGCAGCUACGGACACCAGAUGUGGGCGCUUUCAUGUCGCGUAAUUGCGGCUGCUUACCAAGCUAACGGGUCUCCAAUGGAUCGGAUGCGAAGGAUGGUUAAUCCUCCACCAAUACGCCAUAUCUUCUCUCAUCCGCUCGACAUGCCUGAGUACCGGCAGCUGCACGACAGUUUUUCCAAGGCACAUCCAUGGUUUUCAUACGCGGAUUUGCAAGGUGAAACUCACUUCCCGAGUGUCGAGUUACCCCAGAAAGUCUGCGAGGAACUCGAAGACUUAAUUGAGACGGGCAGAACACAGCGACGCAAUGGUUCUCUAUGA